AUGGCGGACCAACCUCCUCCAAGACGCAUAUUGGGGGACUCAUCAAAUACAGUGGGUCCUUUGCACUUCAACAGUAUAGCCAUACCAGCAGAUAAUGGAACAAACAUGGUGAUGAACCUUGCACUCAUCCAGUUAGUACAGAGCAAUCAAUUUCACGGGUUGUCAAAUGAAAAUCCCUAUAAUCAUUUGACUGUCUUUGGUGAAAUUUGCAAUACUGUCAAGAUAAACGGAGUGUCGGAUGACAGGGUCAGACUCAACUUGUUUCCUUGCUCUCUUGGAGGAAACGCUAAAGAUUGGUUGCAUUCAUUCCCAGAAGGCCUCUUGAGGAAGACACCAGUCCAUGGGUUUGACAAGACCUCAUACUUACUUGCUUUGCUUGGAGGCCUACGCACUCAGUCAAAGAUGAUGUUAGAUGCUUUAGCUAGAGGCAGUAUAAACAGAAAGACCGAAGAUGAGGCUUAUGAAUUGAUUGAAGACAUGGCUAUAAAUGAAGUGAUGCAAAGUGAAAGGGGCGUACAGAAAGGAGGACUUUUGCAGCUCCUUGCUGAUGAUGCUAUGGUUGCUCAAAAUCAUCUCCUUACUCAAAAAUUGGAUAAGUUAACAAAAGUCCUUUCUGAACUUCCAAGGGGAAUAAGGAAUAUCUCUCAGACUCAACAACUUUGCGAUCUAUGCAGUGGUGACCAUAUCAACGGUCAAUGUGCUUUCACUGAAGAAAUGCAAGGUAACACCAACAAAGGCAAUUCUAGCCAAGGUUGGAAGAACCACCCCAGUAUUGGACAAAAUCAGAAUACCUCUUCUGGGCAAGGAGGAAACUUCCGGCAGCAACAACCAUCACCUUUAUGGCAGCAGAUGAGCAGCUUGACAAAGACGGUCAGAGAACUAAAUGACCGAUUUGAUAAAUUCUUGAAAGUCUAUGAGUCUCAACAAGCUAGUGACCAAGCCAGCUUCAGAGCAUUGGAGACACAGAUUGGGUAG